ACCUUAUUUAAUUACUUCUUUCACCACAAAAAUCUGUUGGACGCGUAUUCAAAUAAAUCGAUUAUUGUAACAAAAAACUGAACACUCCAAGAUUUCUUCAAAAUAUAAGCAAAAAAUCAUGGAAAGAAAGAGAAAACUACCUGCGAGGUCUUCUCGUGGAGGAGAGCCUGCGAACAAAAAACGAACUGCUACUCCUCCAGAUCGAUCAAUUUCAGCAACUCCACAACCACCCAUUGAAGAAACUCUUCCAAAGAGCAUUGUUGCCGGUAUGCCUUUGCCUACUGUCGAUGAGCCUCAAUCCGACAAUCUUUCUUCUAAAGAUUUUCAAACAAUUUCCGAAAGCGGAGUUCUUGCGGAAUCACUACAAAGAUCACGACAGAAAUGGGUCAGCGAAGGUAUAUUUGAGAAGUAUUGGACGAAGCCGACAAAGAAGAAGGGUGUUCCUGCAGAACCUCUGAACAAUCCAGGAAAGGAUACGAUGACGAAGCUUGGAACAUGCCAAAUCACCAUCGAACCUCAUGUAUUCGAUGCUACUAUGUAUGCUAUUAAGGAACCAAAGUCUGCCUUUCAAUCUACUCAACAACAACAAAUGUAUCGUCCAAUCAUUCAAUAUGGCCCUCCGAAUGGAGUUAUGCCACCACUUGCUCCCACACAAGCACCAAGUCCGGUACAACAAAAACCAAUCCAGACAACACAACCAACAGUACAAGCUAUGACUCCAAAUCAUCCUGCGCCGACCGCCCCAAUGGUUUUGAAUCCUCUUCCUCCUGUGCAAGCACCACCGAUGAGUAGCGCUCCGAUGAAUGGACAACCCCCUGCCCAGGGUCCAAACAACCCGAAUUCCAAUCUAUCUCAGCCCAUUAGCACAGCUCAACCAGUCCAACCAGCCCAGCCAAACAAGAGUACAGAUCCUGUUAUUCAAAUGUUGGCAGAGAGAGCUGCGACUGAUCAGCAGUUGAAGGGCUUAAUGAGAAUCGUGGCAAAUGGUGAAGCAACAUCUUCUGAACUGAGACAGUUUCAAAACCACAUUGAUGAGUUGAAUGCGAUAUCAAAGGCACGACAAAAGGCUGCUGCUCAAUCCGCCGCCCAGCCACCCAUGAAUGCCAACUCGCAACCACCACCACCACCACCACCGUCUACUAAUCAACUUGGUGGGCCACCGAAUGCACCAGUCACUAAACCUGUUCCACCACCGACACCCGCUCCUAUUAGCGCACCUCCUCAGCAACCUCAGGCUCUUCGAUCGAAAGGUCCGGUAGCUCCACCUAAGCCAGAUAUCUCUGGUGUUGUGUUCGAGUUCAAUGGAGGUAACGGUGAUCGCUACCUUUUCCCGAAAUACAGCAUCCUUGACUAUCUUCCCGGUGGGCAAGUCAUAGCCUCAUUCCUCAUUGUCCGUAAAGGUAGUAGCAGCGAUUCCCCCUCGUAUGACCCGGAGCUCGAUUAUUACCAGCCAGUUACAAUUCGUCUCUAUACUCACCAAGGCAAACAACUCGACUCGUUGCAAAAGGUCGUUGCUUCCCCGGACGAAGUCCGUAGAUAUAUGGAGGAUAUCAUGGAUAACACAACAAGAGCCGAAUAUGUUCUAUUGGCCAUGCGUCUGCCUAAGGACACUGAACCCGAAAAGGAAGGCACACCUAUAAAUUCCUCAGAUCAGCCAGAAUCGGACGCCAACAACUCUAAUUUACCACUGUGGCAAACUACAAAUGGACCACCACCUCCACCAGUAGCAAAACUACCAAGGAAAAUUCUCACGGAAGAGGAAAAAUAUCAAUCUUUCAUUAAAUCAGUUAGUUCUACUUGAAUAUGUCUUUAGAAUAGGCAAGAGAUUUUUAUUUGUUUGUAUUAAUAUAAUGGGAGGGCGCAAUAAUAUGGAAUGAAACGGGAACAUGGAUGGAUCUGGAUACUGGAAAACGGCGGGGAAAGAUGGAGAUACUCAAAAGAAAUUUUUACAAAAUGAUGGGAGGCGAACAGGGGGCUGGAUGGGAUGGCGUAUCAAGGCAUAGGAAAGCCCAUUUACUUAUAUCUUGGUCAAAGAUUUCUUUCGAUUCACGGUCUAACUUAUAUUGAUUUAAUGCACUGAGGUAUGAUAGUUGAAGGUUG